AUGACCGCUGCUAGAUCUGUUGCGUAUGGGGGUUUUUCCGGGUGGUUCGUUCCUUUAUCGUUGGUGAAAAUCGAGACCUUGUUAGCUGCCGUGGCUCAGACUCAGGUAUUUGACGACGAGGAGGUGCCCGCACCUGCCGAUUACACCUCGCCGGAGCGAGGGAUGGAUUCUCCGGCGGUGAUUGCAGAAGAUGCUCCGCUGCGUGAGGCGCCGGUGGCAGGGACGGCGAUUUGCGCCGGAGGGAAGAGGAAGAGAGGGCGGCCACCCAAGGGGCAGCAGCGGGUGAAGCUUCCGCCUACGCCGCCGCCCAAGCGGAGUAAAAUGGCGGAGGAUGAGGAGGAAGAGGACGUGUGCUUUAUCUGCUUCGAUGGUGGUUCUCUGGUGCUUUGCGAUCGCAAAGGCUGUCCCAAGGCUUACCACCCAGCGUGCAUUAAGCGAGACGAAGCAUUUUUUCGAUCAAAAGCUAAGUGGAACUGCGGAUGGCACAUAUGUAGUGUAUGUAGGAAGGCUUCUUAUUCUAUGUGCUACACGUGCACCUAUUCGUUGUGCAAGGGGUGUACUAAAUAUACAGAUUAUGUCCGUGUCAGAGGAAACAAGGGAUUCUGCUCGACCUGCAUGAAAACCAUCAUGCUGAUUGAGAAUAAAGACCAAACGAACAACGAGAUUAAGGUAGAUUUUGAUGACCAGACUAGCUGGGAGUAUCUCUUCAAGGUCUAUUGGGUAAUCUUAAAGGAGAAGUUGUCAUUGACACUGAACGACCUUACUCGAGUUAAAAAUCCCCAGAAAGGCGUGACUUCUGUUGGUUAUAUACCCUCGAGAAGUAUUUUGAUUCCACCUGCAGUUAGUGUAGAAAUUCCUGUUACUUACAGUAGUACAGAUGCUUUGGAGUCGAAGAAGUCCGAUGUAGAAAAUGAUUUGCCGCUACCAACCGAUCCUAACAAUGACGAAACACUAAAUAACGGAUUCGGGGUAGAUGGGCUCACCAAACAAAGCAUGGACAAAGCCAUGCAAGAAACAGGCAUCGAGGAAUCCACUGAUGUGCCAGAGAUUGUGAGAGAUCAAAACAAUCUAAAUAUUACCAAAGAUGGUAACAAGCCUUGCAUCUGCAAAAACACAAAUGAGGGAUCAGAAAAAUCAGGAGUUGUACAUAGUACUGAAUGGGCAACAAAGAACCUCUUGGAAUUUGUUGCACGCAUGAAGGAUGGUGAUGUGUCGGCUAUGUCGAUAUUUGGUGUGAAAACAUUAUUGAUCGAAUACAUAAAUAAAAACAACCUUUGGGAUCGUCGUCAAAAGAGUCAGAUCAAAUGUGAUCCAGGGCUCAAAAGCAUAUUCGGAAAGGCACGUGUCGGUCACAUUGAAAUGUUGAAGCUUCUCGAGUCUCACAUUCUUGUAAAGGAGGAUUGUCAGAAUGAUUCUUCUAUUCCUGCUGGGUUUGUAAGUUCUGCUAGAAGUAAUGGGGAGGUUGAUGAAUUGGAAGAUGUCAAAAGUGGUGACAGCAGUAAAAAGGACGAAUAUGCGCGGCCAAGCUGUUUCGAUUUAUCCCAGAAUAGAAGUAAACCCAACUCUCCGAACGAAGGUGAAGAAGAAAGUUCUGUCCAGGCACAACAUAGUACAAUCGACAAAGCAGAUGUGGGCGAAUCAAAUAGUUUGAACAAGUACAUGAAUCGAGAAAAUACUAAUAACUUGCCUACUAACAGUACAAAUGAUAAAGACAUGCAAAGGGCUGAUUUGGAUACCUCGACUACCACUGCCUCGGUUGAAAACACCCCGUCUCCUAACAUUAUAGAAAUCGAGAAACUGUGGCAUUAUCGUGACCCUGACGGCAAAAUUCGUGGACCAUUUUCCAUGCUGCAGCUGCGUGAGUGCAGCACAACUGGACUAUACACACCCGAUAUGAGAAUAUGGACAUAUGACGAGCAAUAUGACUCGGUAUUCCUCACAGAUGCUUUGAGUGGAAGAUUUCAUGGAGUAUCUGAUUCAUCGAAUUCGGUCUCACAGGAGGAGGAGAGGAGCAGUGGGGAAAUCGAGGUAAUAAUCGAAGGUGCAAAUGUGAGUGGUGAAGAAAGUAAAGAGGUUGACACUCCUAGUAACGAUGCGAAUGUUUCAUCCGAAAAUGAUGCUGGAGCUGUGCAGGUGGAUAACUCCGGAUCUUCUCCACGCUGUUGGGAUUUUCUUACGGAUAAUAGUAAUCAUACCGAUAAUUCGGAUGCUAAUAAUGAUGUCCAAACACAUUGUUUGCUUCUUCCACCGAGACUUGAGGAAAAACAUGAUUUUUUACUGACUUGUGGCCAAGAGUGCAAAAAUUUUCACCACACUGAACCAGAACAUGGAGAAAUCGAAAAAAGUUCAACCGGGCUCAUUCAGAACCCGAUCACUAGUGGGCGUGAAGUUCAAAAUGUGGAUAAUAAUGAGGACCAUGUGGGUCCACUCGGCGAAGAACAUUUGAAAUCUUUAAAUAUUGAUCUGAGCUCAAAUUAUACGGGACUGGCAAAAUCGCCAGUUUUAGAUAAACAGGGGCACUUCAACCUGGUGGCGGUGCAGGGCAAUGUGAACCUCGUGUUGGGUGGGCCUGCUGGCUGGGGGACAGGCCCAGGCCCAGGCCUGGGUUCGGGCUGGGUUAGCCCGGGUCUGGGUCGCGGGUCGAUUGGCGGGAGCAUGGCCUGGGACGGGCAGAGGAAGUAUGGGGUGCGGGCCCAGUGGGGGAGGUCAGUGCCGAAAGGGCAGCAGCAACCGGCGGCCGCCCUCCUCUUUCGCCUGCCGGCCGCGGCUUGUUCCGAUUCUCCGAUCAUGGGCUGGGCCGGUGUUGGGCCGCUUUCUCCUUUUCGGCCUUGGGUGGAGGCCGGCAACGGCUGGUGA